CGCUCUGACCAGCCAGCCUUUCCACCCCCAUUCCCUUGGGAUCUGCCAAGGUUGGGAAACCCAAGGACCAAGGACGGACGCAUGCCUGCCUGCCUGCCAGCCUGUUUGCUGGAGUCUCCCUGCCCAUCUGGAAUUCCCAAAGAGUUUCCCCCCACUCCUCCCGAGGUCUUUCCAAGCUGGGAAGCAAAAUGCCAGAGUUUCUCAGAUUCACUUUCCUGGCUCUUUCUUGGAUGGUCCAUGCAGGGACAACAACAGGUCUUUGGUGCUAUGAUUCCCAAGAUCCUAAAUGUGGUCCUUCUCAUUGGAAGGAGAUAACCUCAGGCUGUGGGGGACAGAACCAGUCGCCCAUUAACAUCGAUCGAAGAAAAGUGCGACGGGACCGGAGCUUGGAUGAAAUUCUGUUUGAAGGCUACGACCAGGCGCCUCCAGGCAGAUGGAGACUAAUGAACAACGGCGAUGAAGUCAAAAUGACCUUGGACGGAGCAUCGGCUGCGGAACAAAUCAACAUCACCAGAGGCGGACUGAAGGAUACCUACCGGGCCAUGCAGUUCCACUUCCACUGGGGCGACCUCAAGAGGAAUGGCUCGGAGCACUACAUCGAUGGGAUACAGUAUCCCAUGGAACUGCACAUCGUACACAUGAACAUCAAAUACAAAACCGUCAACGAAGCUACGCAGCAUCCAAAUGGGCUGGCUGUUCUGAGUUUCCUCUUCAAGAUAGCAGACACCGAUAACACUAAUUACAACACCGUUGUUGCCAGCCUGAGGAACAUCUCUCGUGCAGGAGAAUACGUCGACAUGGCGUCCACCUUUUCCUUGAGCAAUCUUCUCCCCAACUUAGCUUCAUUGUCCAAAUAUUACCGAUACAAAGGCUCUCUCACCACACCAAACUGUGAUGAAGCGGUCAUCUGGACAGUAUUUGAAGAGCAGAUCCCAAUCAGCAGAUCUCAGCUGAAUAUAUUUGUAGACACCACGUACUUCAGAAGUUCAGCUGGGACGCCACAAAAAAUGAUCAACAACUUCCGUCCUUUACAACUUCUGAAUGGCCGGACCGUCUAUGCUUCCCGCGAUGCCACCAUCAGCUGCAGCUCUUCUCUUGUUGCCAAUUUACUUCUUCCUCUGCUCUUGUCUUCUUUGAUUGGCCAGUUCUCUGGUUCCUCCUAGCUGCCUGAGCUCAGCCGUGAAUCCACAUUAGAUCUGUGGUACCUUCAUAGUUGUGGUUCUCCAGUGUGAUGCUUGCUUCCCUAUCUGAGCUAAACGAAGCACAAGUCCAGAUCAUGGAGUGUUUGAUUGAUUUAUGAGAAAGAGCCCGGGGGACAAUUGCAUUGCCAUCAAAGGCAUCCGAUUCAUGAUUGCCACUAUAAAUGAGACCAGCAAUGAGACAAGAAAGGUGGAAAACUUUCACGUUGGCCAAUGGACGGGAGGUCCUCAUGCCAAGCAGAAGAAUGGCACACAAAGCAAGGGUGAAAUCUACUUACCUUCCUUACCAUUUCGGAAGUGGACGCGCCAUGCAUGCGCUCUCGCUUCACUCAUGUGUGCGUAGAUCUUCUGCGCAUGCACAAAACCUUCUGCGCAUGCGCAGAAGGUAAAACACACAUUACUUCCUGGUUAAAACAAGGAAGUAGUGACACCCGGGCGUUGUGGGUGGAGCUUUGCUCCACCAUCGCUACCGGAUCGCCGAACCAGCAGCCACGAUCGC